AUGUCGGACCUAGACGCCACGACCCCGAGCAUCUUCCUUGUACGCCACGGGGAGACGGAAUGGACCAAGAAUGGCCGCUACACGGCAAUCACGGACAUCCCACUCACGGCGGAGGGAGAACGUCAGGUCGAGAGCACUACCAAGCAGCUCGUCGGCCCAGGCAGGCUCAUCGACCCCGGCCGCGUCGCUCACGUGCGGGUUAGCCCACGGAGGCGGGCACAGCAGACUUUCCGCCUCCUUUUCGGUGACGACAGUGCCGAAGUCGCAGAUGAAAAGGUCGCCCUGACAGAGGACUUCGCCGAGUGGGGGUACGGCGACUACGAGGGCUUGGUGGCGGAGGAUAUUGUUCGGCGGCGAAAGCCAAAGGCUUGGACCAAACCCGCAAGUAUAGUAUCUGAAGGGACAGGUGUGAAGGCGGCGAGAUGA